AAAGCAAAGAAAAAAAAAAGAACAAAAAGAGAAUAAAAUUAAAAUUAAAACAUUAAAAUAUAUUACCCAAAAAAAAAAUUAAAAGAAAAAACAAAAGCCAGUUACUGGUUCCAACCAACCUUUUCCUGCUUUCCCUGUCAAUCUUAACAGCACAAGUUUCUGUUUCUGUUUCUAUCAUCAAAAUCUAAACACGACCCAUUUUUCAUAACCAAAUAAGGAACCAAAAUCUGAGGAAAAGUUUCAAACUUUGCUUUUGGGUUUGGUUAUUUUCAUUCAGAUUUUCUUCCUGCAGAAAAUGGUUUCUGCAACUUUACUCUCAUGCAUUGAAAGCCAUUAAAGGGUUGAAUGGUGUGUGUGGAAAGUUGUAAGCUUUUUAGGUAAGAAUCAAUGAACAAAGAGCUUAACAGCAUUGUGAAGGUUUGGGAAGCAGCAGUUAGAAAAUCAGCUGGACCAAAGAAAAGGGCCAACAGAAUCUUCACAACACCAAUGUCUGUUGCCCAUGUUGAUGAUGAUGUUUACCAGGUUGAGAAGAUUCUCAGCAAUGGUGAUUUCUACACAGGUCAAUGGAUGAACAGUUUUCCUAAUGGUCAAGGUAAGUAUCUAUGGACAGAUGGUUGUAUGUAUGUAGGUGAAUGGCAAAAGGGUAAUAUCACAGGUAAAGGUAGGUUUAGUUGGCCUAGUGGUGCUACCUAUGAAGGUGAUUUCAAGAAUGGUUUUAUGGAUGGGAAAGGUACUUAUAUAGGUUCUAAUGGUGAUACUUAUAAAGGUUUUUGGGUUAUGGAUAUGAGGAAUGGACAAGGGACACAAAGUUAUUGUAAUGGUGAUUUCUAUGAUGGUGAAUGGAAGAAGGGUUUGCAAAAUGGACAUGGGAGGUAUCAAUGGAAGAAUGGGAAUAAUUACAUUGGUCAAUGGAUGAAUGGUUUGUGUAAUGGAAAUGGGACUAUGAUGUGGCAAAAUGGGAAUAGGUAUGAUGGUUGUUGGGAAGAUGGUUUUCCGAAAGGUAACGGGACGUUUCGAUGGAGUGAUGGUAGUUUUUACGCGGGUAUUUGGAGUAAAGAUUCGACGGAACAAAGUGGGACUUAUUAUCCUUCUGAGGAUGAUCCGUCCGAUGAUAAUCCUCCGGAUUGGGAUCCUAAUGACGUGUUUUCGGUUGAUUUGGUUGAUUGUUGCGUUUGUGGAAUAGAGAAAGUUUCGAUUUUUCCUUCGCAGAAGAAUUUGAACAUGUUUGGUUUCGAGGAAGAUAGUAAUAAAAAGUUGUUAUCCAAGAAAGGUUUUGAUGCUAAUGGAAAGCCUAAGUGGAAUUUAGGAGAUGAAAGGAUGAGUAAUUUUAGUUCUGAAGAUGGUUCUUAUAGUAGUUAUGAUGGAUCAAGGAGUCCUAUGAUUGAUCAUUCGAUUCCACGAGUUCCGAAUUUGAGAUUAAAGGCUCCGAAGAGACAAGGAGAGACGAUUUCCAAAGGUCAUAAGAACUAUGAGCUUAUGCUUAAUUUGCAGCUAGGUAUCAGACAUGCUGUUGGAAGACCUGCUCCAAGUACUUCUCUUGAUUUGAAGUCUUCUGCGUUUGAUCCGAAAGAAAAAGUAUGGACAAAAUUUCCACCAGAAGGAUCCAAGCACACACCACCUCACCCGUCUUGCGAGUUUCGAUGGAAAGACUAUUGUCCAGUAGUGUUCAGGGCUCUAAGAAAAUUGUUCAAAGUAGAUCCAGCUGACUACAUGAUAUCGUUAUGUGGGAAUGACGCACUUCGAGAGCUCUCAUCCCCUGGAAAAAGUGGAAGCUUUUUUUAUUUGACCAACGAUGACCGAUACAUGAUAAAAACCAUGAAGAAAUCAGAAGUAAAAGUUUUUCUACGAAUGCUUCCCGGUUACUACAAACACGUCCGCGCGUUCGAGAAUACUCUAGUCACCAAGUUCUUCGGUCUACAUUGUGUUAAACUACCAGGAGCUUCACAGAAGAAGGUUCGUUUUGUCAUCAUGGGAAACCUAUUUUGUUCGCAAUACGCUAUCCAUCGGCGUUUUGACUUGAAAGGUUCAACGUUUGGUCGUACAACUGAUAAAUCCGAGGAUGAAAUAGAGCCUACAACGACGCUCAAGGACCUGGACCUAAAUUAUAUAUUCCGGCUGCGAAAGUCUUGGUUUCAAGAAUUUCACAGGCAAGUGGAUAGGGACUGUGACUUUCUUGAACAAGAAAGAAUCAUGGAUUACAGUAUGUUGGUAGGUCUUCAUUUUCGAGGAUUAUCGUGUAGUGAAGCCGGUACACCUUCUCGCAAUUCUGGCGCUCACACUCCAACCGGUAACUUCGACGAUGGAGCUCCUCGUCUUUCUGGUGUAGACAUGGAGCGUAUCGUAAUCGAUCCUAGCCGGUGGAUUCAGUUAGGUAUAAACAUGCCAGCGCGAGCCGAAAUGACGACGCGAAAAAGUUGCGACACGCCUCAGUUGGUCGGAGAACCAACAGGGGACACAUAUGAAAUCAUAAUCUUUUUUGGUAUAAUAGACAUAUUACAAGACUAUGAUAUUAGUAAAAAGCUUGAGCAUGCUUACAAAUCAUUCCAAUAUGAUGCAACCACGAUCUCGGCCGUUGAUCCGAGAUUAUACUCGAGACGGUUUCGCGAAUUCAUCUUCAGAGUUUUUGUAGAAGACACUUCUUGAGAGGCUUAGUUUUGGAAACUGUUCAAUGAACAUUAGUUGUGGAGGGUAUUUUGUAAUUUAUGUUACAUAUUUCUGAAAUUUGUUCAUUUUCCCUCCUUAUAGUUUGUCAAUUUUUUUGUUUGUUUUAAUUUUAGUCAUAGUUGAUGUAUGUUGUAGUGUAGAGUUUGAGAGUUACUAAAGCUUUUUACAAUUGUACAUGAAAUCAACAAAAAGAGUAAAAAAGCAUUGGAAAUUAUACAUUCU